CUACACACAACAAAGGAAAAUUCCACUGUACCUAAAAAGAGAGUUUCAAAGGAAGAAACAAUCUUUGGUAUUUUUGUUUUCUUCUUCUGUAUGUGAGUAAAGAAAAAAAUGGCGAGGAAGAGUAGAAUGGGGUGUGGGAAUUACGCUGUCGUAUUGGUGCUUUUGUUCUUUGGGGCUAUGAAAGUGAGAUCGGAUUCAUCAGACCAUAAGUAUAAAUCUGGAGAAGAAGUCCCUUUGUAUGCAAAUAAAGUUGGUCCUUUUCAUAAUCCGAGCGAAACAUAUCGCUACUUUGAUCUUCCUUUUUGUUCUCCAGGUCAUGUAAAAGAUAAAACUGAAGCUCUUGGUGAGGUGUUGAAUGGAGAUCGUUUAGUCACUGCUCCAUACAAACUUGACUUCACAAAUGAUCGAGAAACCGAGGUAGUUUGCAAGAAGACAUUGUCAAAGGAAGAAGUUGCAAGAUUCCGUGAUGCUGUUGCCAAGGACUACUACUUCCAGAUGUUCUAUGAUGACCUUCCUAUUUGGGGUUUCAUUGGUAAGGUAGAUAAGGAGGGGAAAGCUGACCCCAGUGAGUACAAAUAUUACCUAUUUAAACAUCUUCAUUUUGACAUCCAUCACAACAAAGACCGUGUGAUUGAAGUCAAUGCACGAACUGACCCCAAUGCGCUAGUGGACAUAACUGAAGAUAAGGAAAUUGAUGUAGACUUCAUGUACUCUGUAAAAUGGAAGGAAACAGAAAUCCCUUUUGAGAAAAGGAUGGAAAAGUACUCGCAGACUUCAGCUUUACCACAUCAUUUGGAGAUCCACUGGUUCUCUAUCAUUAAUUCUUGUGUCACAGUUCUGCUCUUAACUGGUUUCCUUGCUACUAUUCUGAUGCGCGUCCUUAAAAAUGACUUUGUCAAAUAUGCCCAUGAUGAGGAAGCAGCUGAUGACCAAGAAGAAACUGGGUGGAAGUACAUUCAUGGUGAUGUGUUUAGGUACCCGAAGCAUAAGUCACUUUUUGCAGCAGCCCUGGGUUCUGGCACACAGUUGUUUACCCUGGCAAUUUUCAUAUUUAUACUUGCGCUUGUUGGUGUGUUUUACCCCUACAACCGAGGAGCUCUUUUCACAGCUUUGGUGGUUAUUUAUGCUCUUACAUCAGGAAUUGCAGGCUAUACUGCAGCAUCAUUCUAUUGUCAACUUGAAGGGAAAAAUUGGGUAAGGAACUUGUUGUUGACAGGAGGUCUGUUCUGUGGGCCGCUGCUUCUAACUUUCUGCUUCCUUAAUUCUGUUGCAAUUGGUUAUCAUGCCACUGCAGCACUUCCUUUUGGUACCAUCGUGGUCAUUUUCCUCAUAUGGGCCCUUGUGACAUCACCAUUGCUUGUCUUGGGAGGAAUUGCAGGAAAGAAUAGCAAGGCAGAAUUUCAAGCUCCAACUCGAACAACGAAGUAUCCGAGAGAGAUACCACAAUUACCAUGGUAUCGCGGAGCUCUUCCUCAGAUGGCAAUGGCUGGGUUCUUGCCUUUCAGCGCUAUCUACAUUGAACUCUACUACAUAUUUGCCAGCGUGUGGGGUCAUAGGAUUUACACGAUUUACAGUAUCUUAUUCAUAGUUUUCAUCAUUCUGAUCAUUGUCACUGCAUUUAUUACGGUGGCUUUGACAUACUUCCAACUUGCUGCGGAAGACCAUGAAUGGUGGUGGAGGUCAUUCGUUUGUGGUGGAUCAACCGGCUUGUUCAUCUAUGGCUACUGCCUGUAUUACUAUUAUGCCCGAUCAGACAUGUCAGGUUUCAUGCAAACCUCAUUCUUCUUUGGUUACAUGGCUUGCAUUUGCUAUGCCUUCUUUCUCAUGCUUGGAACUGUUGGUUUCCGAGCUGCUUUGUUUUUCGUCCGCCACAUAUACCGUUCAAUCAAGUGCGAGUAAGAUGCAGAAUUCCACAUUAGCCUGGUUCAACCGAAUGCAACAGGGGCUUGUGUUUUUGGUGUAAAAAUCGUCAACGUGCUUGGAGUAGUGCAACACAUGUUAGAUCCAUUUAGAAUUUGUGUGGAGCAACAAAGCAGAAGAAAAUAUGUUGACAGAAGAAGUUCGAAUCAAUGCUCUUUUUAUUGAGUUUAGAACAAACUUACAAAGAGUCUAUAAUUAGUUUUUAGCUUCAGCUUAAUUUUCCUAGUUUUAACCUUCUUAAUAUAUAGAAUAUGGUUCUGUUAUUUACAUCCUAAGCUGUUUAUGUUCCAAUUUGUCGUGUUAUUCAUA